ACGAGGGUCGUUUCGGGGUCUGCUCUCUUCGAAGGAUUUUUACCUGCCAUGAUCUUUAUUGAGAGGGACUUGUCCGGUGGUUUGUGAUAAGAGAAGGGCUUUUUGGUGGAAACCUUUCGAAACCAGACUUGUACAGGCACUGCAUCGAAAAAAUCUACCUCCUCCACGACCUGGCGCUGGUAUAAAGGAUUCGUAAAAGAGCAAGACGAAACCGUCACCCUAAACUUUUGAGGGCCUGAAAGGGGGAGAGAAAGCUCAACGGCAGGUCUGAUCAAGAGAAGCAUAGCGGACCUUUGUCUUUGUCCACCCUGACAGCGAGCUUGCCUGAUACUGCCAUCCCGGCAUCACAUAUCCAACCACACCCAUGUCUCUCGUCUCAGCAAAGAACGGCCUUAUGGCGCUGCUGCGCGGCAGCAGCAGGGGCGGCCAGAAGGCGACGACGACGACGACGGCGCCCGCCACCAUCACCACACCCAGCGAGCACGCGCCGCUGCUGAAAGCCAACGUCGAUCAGAACGACUACGGCGUCGGCGGCAGCAGCAGCAGGGGCAGCAGGGGCGACAGGGAAUACGACUCUGACGACGACCUCGAGUCCCAGACCAGCACGCUCGCCUCGUGCUGCAGCGGCGCGUCGUCUGCAAAUCCCAGGUCGCGCGUCAGCGCCCGCUUCAUCUCGGACGCCACCAUCGGCCUCUCGGACGGCCUGACGGUGCCGUUCGCCCUCACGGCGGGCCUGUCGGCGCUGAGCGACACCAGGAUCGUUAUUUACGGCGGCAUGGCCGAGCUAAUCGCGGGCGCCAUAUCCAUGGGGCUGGGUGGCUAUCUUGGGGCAAAGAGUGAAGCUGCUUCCUACGACGAGACGCUUGCGCAGACAAACGCCAUGAUCGAGACGGAUCCCCAGGGCACUGUCGACGCGGUCCGCUCCGUCUUUGAACCUUACGAUCUGCCCAAAGCGACCCUGGACGGGCUGGCGGACCACAUCACGGCAUCGCCCGACCUGGCAGGCUUUUUGAUGAAGUUCCAACACUGCGAGGCCGAGCACUCGCCCUCGCGCGCCUUCCUGUCGGGCCUGACCAUCGCCAUGGGUUACUUCCUGGGCGGCCUGCUGCCGCUGCUGCCGUACCUUUGCGUGCCGCGCGACGACCUGGCCGCCGGCUUCGCCAUCAGCGUCGCCGUCAUGGCCGUCGCGCUCUUCUCCUUUGGCUACGCCAAGACGUGCAUGGUCAGCGGCUGGCGCGGGCCCCGCUCCGUCAGGCGAGGGCUCGUCGGCGGCCUCCAGAUGGUCGUCGUCGGCGGCGCCGCGGCCGCGUCCGCCAUGCUGCUCGUCAAGCUGUUCAACUCGUUUGUCGACGGGGACGAGCCUGGGCCGUCGUCUGUUUGAGGAUGUCCUUUUUUACUCUCCUUUUCUGGACGACAUAUCAUCGUCUACGGUCUUGUCUUGACAUUUAACCGGAGUCUCGGGCGUUCUGGACAAAUCCUCCUCUCCGCAUGGGGUAUCUAUAGGGGGGACAAAAGCGAGCACAGGGGAUACAACAUUGUGUUUUCCAUGGUUUAAAAGUAUGAAAAUUAGACAUGAACAUUAUGUAGGUUAGGUACCUACCUACCUACACAUAUAAUGCACUUAUAUCCUAAAUAUGUCCAAUGCG